CGGAAAGGCAGUUUCGCAGGGAUGCCUGCUGGCGACCAGGGGAGGAAACUCGGCUGGUUGGGGACGCGGUGGAUGGUCCUGUGCACGGACUGGCGAGAGCAUCCCGGAGAUUUUUCCCGGCCGGCCAAUGCUCUCGCUAUCGGGGUUGCUUGCGACGCCGGUGGACUCUGCUCCUCCUCCCUUUCCCGCCAUGCUCGCGCGUGUCACGUCGAGAUGUGUCCCCCCCGCCCCGCGCGCGCGCUCUCCCUCUCGCUUUGGAACGCCGCGGUCGCCGGAGUUCGGCCUUUGGAACGUCGCGCCUGCCGGAGUUCGGAGGCCCGAACGUUGCGAAAGUCUUCGCGUUCGCUUUCGGAAUCCUGCGCGCCUGAACGUUCGGUGCCGCUCAAGCAAUGAGCAGCGACGGCGGGGCUGCGGAGCGCGGCGGCGGCGGGACCGCCGGACUCCUCCGUGCGUACGCGGCGCUUCCUGUCUGGGUGGUGGAGGAUCAUCACGAAGUAAGCGGUCAGCGGGCGAAAGGGGAAAUCCGAUGCGUAGCUUUCACUGCUGAUGGUGCGAUCUGAAGAGGCGCAAUUAAUCGGGGAGAGUCAAGGGAGCUCCCGCCUCCGAAAAAUCAGUAACAAAAUAUAAAGCUAACAGGUUCUGCCCCCCCCCCCCAGGACUGCCCCCCAACAAAAACAUUGGCUACACCUAUGCCGUCCCGCGUAUAAAUUUUUGGUCCAUCUAGUUAUUUGUACUGACAGGCAAGCUCUACGUGGAGACAAUCCUGCGUGCCGGGGAUUGAAUAAUCCUGCAUGCGGUGCACUAUGGAGUCCAUAAAAUCACAGGAUGGUAGAGUUGGAAGGGACCAGGAGGGUCAUAGAGUCCAGCUCGCCUCAAUGCAGAAAAUCUCAACACACGGGCCCCCAUCCAGUGUGAAACCAUACCUGACUCUGCUUAGCUGUGUAAAUGUGUUAGCGGUUCUGUUGCAGAGUCUAUCCCCAUAGGGCCCUUUCUGCCCCUAUAGCAAUCCUAAGCAUUAGGUCCAUUAAGAGGUCUGGUGCUUGAGCAACCCAGUCAGAUGGGUGGCAUGUAAAUUGUGGUUAUUACUGCAGUGCCAGCCUUACCUAGAAAUAAGAGCUGUUAAACUUGUGGAAAAUGCCUUUUGAGUAACUCUGUGGUUGCGAUAAAGGCAAAUGAGUUAGCCACAAGUUCCAGCUAUCCUUUUUUUAAAAAGAAAGCCAAAUAGAAUUUUCUGCAUGCUUGUGGAACGACAACGUCUGGGUGUUUUGCAAUAACUCUGCACCCCAGUCUUGCUUUCCUGCAGAUGCUUCUAUUCCUGUUGUUCCAGGUUCUUCCUUUCAUCUACCGAGCCAUCGGUUCGAAGCAUCUUCCUGCCAGUGACAUCUGCUUUGUCCAUUUGGAUUCUCAUCCAGACCUCCUUAUACCCGUGAACAUGCCUGCGGAUACAGUGUUCGAUAAAGAAUCUCUGUUCAGGUAGGAUCGCACAAUCCAUCUCCUUGAGGAGAUGCGGUUUUCAUUUUGCAUGGGAGCCGGAGUGUUCUCCAGCUGCUUCCUGAACUUUGGGAUGCUUUUGUCUUGGUGGGGCAGGAAAUAUAACAUGAGAACAAGCUCACCCAGUGAGCAUGGCGGCUGAGAGAGGAGGAGAAGGGAAGUCAUUGGAUAUUUUAAAGUUUGGAAAAUGUUUAUUUUGAAAGGUAAAAUUGAAAGCUUAAUAAAAAUUAUUUAAGGAAGCAUUCUAAGUAAUGUUCACUUCUUAACACAGGCUGUGUCUCACCUUUAUUACAACGGCAUUUGUACGCGACCUUUUCAAAGAGCAGCAGCUUUCUCAAUCCAUCUUUCUCCCCCUCUUGCAGUGAGCUAAGCAUUGAAAACUGGAUUAUGCCUGCCGUCUAUGCUGGGCACUUUUCGCACGUCCUGUGGCUGCACCCGCCUUGGGCUCAGCAAAUUGAAGAAGGCACCCAUCGUUUCUUAGUAGGUAAAGACACCUCCACGACGACCAUAAGGUAACUAUUGCCGGUGCCUCUCUAAAGCUGUGUUAGAUAGAGAGGCUGCUGUUAUGUGGUUCCAUCUUAAUGGCCUCGCAUUAGAGCCAGUGACAGGCAGAUCAGCACUCUGAUUUGGUUGCAAGAAGUUUGGAAGUCAGGGAGUUGGGAACUGGCUGAGGGCCGACUGAGUGUGAUGGGGCAGUGCCCCAUUUGCCCCACCAGAUCAGCCUUCACUGCUGGUAUGGAAUUAUAGAAUUAUUAUAGAAUUGGCAGGGAUGUGGGAAUCUCUGCACGCGGUCUCCCAUCCAAUUUGAAGCCAUACCGGACCCUGCUUAGCUUUGUAAAUGUGCCAACAGUUUAUUGCUGCGCCAUUGGAAUAAUAAUAAUAAUAAUAAUAAUAAUAAAAUUUUAUUUAUAUCCCGCCCUCCCCAGCCAAAGCCGGGCUCAGGGUGGCUAACAACAAUAAAAUAAUACAACAUUCUAAAAUCAUUUAAUCCUAAAUUAAUUCAAAUCAAAUUGAUGGCAACCAUUGGGAGGGAGUCAGGUGGAGUUCUGUGAAGAUUGCCAAAGGAGGGAGUCAGGCUGUGCCCUGGCCAAAGGCUUGGUGGAACAGCUCUGUCUUGCAGGCCCUGUGGAAAGAUGUCAAGUCCUGCAGGGCCCUAGUGUCUUGUGACGGAGUGUUCCACCAGAUCAGAGCCACAGCCGAAAAAGCCCUGGCUCUGGUUGAGGCCAGCCUAACCUCUCUGUGGCCUGGGACCUCCAAGAUUUUUUUGUUUGAAGAUCGUAAGUUCCUCCGUGGGACAUACCAGGAGAGGCGGUCCCGUAGGUACGAGGGUCCUAGGCCGUAUAGGGAUUUAAAGGUUAAAACCAGCACCUUAAACCUGAUCCUGUACUCCACCGGGAGCCAGUGCAGCUGGUAUAGCACCGGGUGAAUGUGAUAUCGCAGCGAGGACCCUGUAAGGAGUCUCGCUGCGGCAUUCUGCACCCGCUGGAGUUUCUGGGUCAGUCUCAAGGGCAGCCCCACGUAGAGCGAGUUACAAUAAUCCAGUCUGGAGGUGACCGUCGCGUGGAUCACAGUGGCUAGGUCAGGGCGAGAGAGCUAAGGAGCCAACUGCUUAGCUUGGCGGAGAUGAAAAAAUGCUGCCUUUGUUAUAGCUGCAAUCUGCGCCUCCAUGGAAAGGGAGGUGUCGAAGAUUACACCCAAACUCUUAACAGACGGUGCUGGCACUAAUUGCACCCCCGCAAGAGAUGGGAGUUGGGUUAUGUAUGGAAGGGUUAUGUAUGGAAAUAAUUUCAUUCUCGGGCGCAUUCCAGACCUGUUUUUUAUUUUUAUUUUAUUAUUAUUAUUAUUAUUUCACUUGUUUAUUGAAUUCCAUUUAUGAAUUGCUUCCUAUGAAACAUCUUGAAGCAAUUUCACAGUAUUUUGGCUACUUUGGGAAAGGGAAUGCUAGUGUACAUGGGGCCCGCUGUUCUAGCAAAGUAUUUCUCGCAUUCUUGCAUCCUCAUCCUUGCUAAGAAUCGCUGUCGUCGCUAUUCCAGGGUUACUUGCCCAGACGAUUACUUCCUUUCCGACGGUCUGUACGUCCCUGCCGGCCAGCUAGAAGGCGAGAAGUCUUUGCAGCUCAGCGUCUGCCUCGUGGAUCCUUUGGAAGCUGCCGGCACCCGGGAGGAAAGCCGAGCUGUGCCUUCUGCUAAGAAGCUCAGGUUGAGUGGGGGCGAUGCAGCAAACGCCUCGGCAGCCUCUUCGUCGAAGGACGUUCCUCCCCUCGCCCACAGCUGCGCAGGCGAAGAGGCUGGAGGAUUCAAAAACAGAACCCGUGUGCGGGAGACAACAGACAGCCUCCCGGAUCCAAAGAAUGGCCACCCAGUGCCAGUGCUCCUUGAAGACAUCCUCCAAGCGAUACAGAAGGGCUCUGCUUAUGUUCUCGAUAUUGACUUGGAUUUCUUUUCUGUCAAGAACCCUUUCAAAGAAAUGUACACACAGGUAAAACUACCAGACUGCAGCCUUUGGUCAAUUAACCUUGUUAGAACGAUGGAGGAAAUACCUUUAAAAGCACCCAGUGUUCAAUUAUGGUUCCCUCUUAUUUUUGCUGGGACGCGGGUGGUGCUGUGGGUUAAACCACAGAGCCUAGGACUUGCCGAUCAGAUCAGAAGGUCGGCGGUUCGAAUCCCUGCGACGGGGUGAGCUCCCGUUGUUCGGUCCCUGCUCCUGCCAACCUAGCAGUUCGAAAGCACGUCAAGUAGAUAAAUAGGUACCGCUCCGGUGGGAAGGUAAACGGCAUUUCCGUGCGCUGCUCUGGCUGGCCAGAAGCAGCUUAAUCAUGCUGGCCACAUGACCUGGAAGCUGUACGCCGGCUCCCUCGGCCAAUAAAGCGAGAUGAACCCGCAACCCCAGAGUCGGCCAUGACUGGAUCUAAUGGUCAGGGGCCCCUUUACCUUUACCUUAACCUUAACCUUUACCUUAUUUUUGCUGCUCAGGUACCACUAAUUGUGGGGGCAAAGCAGUACGCAAGAGGGGCGGGUUGGCAAACUCUGGGAGACGCCUGAGUUUGCAGAAGUCCUGAACAUCAGCAGAAGGGGGAGGGGAAAAGGUAACCCCCCUAAAACCCUCCUGAAGUGUGUUCGGGGGUGACCACCGAGGGGGGCAACAGUAGAGUAUUUUGGAGGGGCUCUAUUUGCAGGGCUUCCUCCGCCUUCGCCAGUACAGGGGGCGGACGAGUUGCCUCUUUCUUCCAGGAGAAAAAGACAUCCCACUCACCCGCUCCCCCCCCCCCAAAAAAGAUGAAGGGGUCCCUGCAGAUGGAGCCUGACCUGUUCCGUUCGCAGGGCUUCCUCUAGUGAAACACAGCCGCCCAAUCGCUUCUGGCUUGCGGGAUGGGGGCUCCUUUAAACUUAUCUGUUCAGGGGUCCGCAGAUGCCUGCCCCUCAAUGGAGACAUAGGGCUCACUGUGAUGGGGGGGUCGGGAGAGAGAGCUGCAGCAGUUUCCCAUGCCCCAUGGGUUGGGCCAAGGCAGCUUGCUUCAACAUUGUACUAUAUUGCCGGAUUGCGAGGUUCAUCUGGUGAUGCAUCGCGACUUCAAAAGCCAAACGUCACCCAACCCUUGUCUCUUGCUUCUUGGCUCCUCUCCUCAGCCAUCCUUGCUCGUACAGUGGUACCUUGGUUCUCAAACUUAAUCCUUUCCAGGAGUCCGUUUGACUCCUGAUGCUGUUCAAAAACCAAGGCGCAGCUUCCGACUGGCUGCAGGAGCUUCCUGCACUCAAGCAGAAGCUGCGUCGGACGUUUGGUUUCCGAAAAACGUUCACAAACCAGAGCACUUGCUUCCAGGUUUGCGGCGUUCAGGAGCCAAAAUGUUUGAGUCGCAAGGCGUUCAAGAAUCAAAGUAUGACUAUAUAUACCGUAUUUUUUGCUCUAUAAGACUCACUUUUUCCCUCCUAAAAAGUAAGGGGAAAUGUGUGUGCGUCUUAUGGGGUGAAUGCAGGCUGCGCAGCUAUCCCAGAAGCCAGAACAGCAAGAGGGAUUGCCGCUUUCACUGCGCAGCGAUCCCUCUUGCUGUUCUGGCUUCUGAGAUUCAGAAUAUUUUUUUUCUUGUUUUCCUCCUCCAAAAACUAGGUGCGUCUUGUGGUCUGGUGCGUCUUAUAGAGUGAAAAAUGCGGUGAUUUAGAACCUAGAGUGGGUGGGGUUAAAGCUAAGGACAGUGGGAUGGUCUAGGUGAGACCAAAAGAUGCUUCCCUCCCUCACAGUUUACAGUCUUGUAACAAUUCCUGCACUGCAGGGAGUUGGACGAGAUCCUCCUCAGGGUCGCUUCCAACUCAUGAUUCAAUGAAUGCUCAGAUAAGACUCCUGGGAAAAGGUAAAGGACCCCUGGACGGUUAAGUCCAGUCAAAUUUGACUAUGGGGUGCAACACUCAUCUCACUUUUCAGGCCGAGGGAGCUGGCGUUUGUCCGCAGACAGCUUUCCAGGUCAUGUGGCCAGCAUGACUAAACUGCUUUUGGUACAAUGGGACACCUUGACGGAAACCAGAGUGCACGGAAACGCCGUUUACCUUCCCACCACAGCAAUACCUAAUUAUCUACUUCCACCAGCAUGCUUUUGAACUGCUAGGUUGGCAGGAGCUGGGACAGAGCGACGGGAGCUCACCCCGUCGCGAGGAUUCGAACUGCCGACCUUCUGAUUGGCAAGCCUGAGAGGCUCGGUGGUUUAAACCACAGCUCCUGGAAAAGCAUGGGUGAACUGCCAGGCGAAAUACAGCCGGGAAGAAAAACAAGCAGAAAAUAGAUAAUGGUGUUUGAAAGACUAGAUCUCAUCUUGUUUAUACCAUAUGUAGAGAUUUGUAGCAGCAGCCGCUUAAAGAAAUCCUUAGUGCCACGCUGUCUUAAUAUUCGCUUCAUAUCUGGGAAGCAGACGUUAGCCAAAAGAGUUUCACUUGCUUGAUGGUUGUGCUUUCUCUUCGGGACGUAGAAAUGUUUAAGGUGUGAAAGGAAGGUGCUAAAGGCAAAACUGCUCUUCACAUUACAGCAAUAACAGCAGAAUGGUUCUAUGAAUAAUCCCCCCGCUCUUGUUUUUCCCCCUUUCCUUUCCUUUUUUAAAUAGGAGGAAUACAAGAUCUUACAAGAACUGUACAGUUUUAAGAAGCCUAACAGCAAUUUGUCAGAGGUAUGGGCCGGCAAUAGCUCAGUGGGUAGAGACUCUGAAUCUCAGGGUUGUGGAUUUGAGCAAGAUUCCCACAUUGCAGGCGGUUGAACUCAGCCUUUCUCAACCUGUGGGUCCCCAGAUGUUGUUGAACUACAACUCCCAUCACCUCUAGCUAGCAAGGCCAGAGCUCAGGGAUGAUGGGAGUUGUAGUCCAAUAACAUCUGGGAACCCACAGCUUGAGAACCACUGGACUACAUGAACCUCAUGUUCCCUUCCAGUUCUGUCAUUCUGUGAUUCUAUGUAUGGUUCUAUCCAAUGCAUUCAAGGAGGAGGAGGGGUGAAAGGCAGUUUGUAUCGUUUUACCUCAGUUUAUAAGCUGCGUGUUUGAGAAAGACAGGAGGGGAAAUUACUUGGCAAACUUGGGCUGCGAUUAUGCCAAGCUGACGGCUGUGAAGCGGGGCCUAUGAAACGUUUUCCUCGCAAAAUGUUUAUUCAGUUUUCACAGUUUUGCCGUGGCUGUGAGUUUAAUCUGCCAAAGUCCGUUUGCCAAGGGGAAACAGAUAAAGAGGCGCCUUUUUAAUUCCCGCACGCGCAAGGCAAUUUCUCUCCCGAAUUGCUUUGGAUUUUGAGGCAUUUUUAUUUAUUUGUGUAAGGUUUAUGUUCAAUUGGGUAGUCGUUUAUUUGAGGGCAUUCCCGUUUCAGGAGCAUUUAUAGGCCCCUCGCGGCCCCGCCCCUCAAUAAUUUAAUUUCUGAUUUAAUUUUCAAUUUCCGCACCAGGGAAGCCAGUUAUCACUUCACCCCUGGCAGGUGGUUGGUAACUAGGGGAGCAAUCCUGCCCAUAAGAAGGUGGCAAAAUACAAGCCAGCAUAAAUUUACACCAGAUCCAAACAAGAUUACACUUUUCUGAACCAUCAAACUGGCGCUGAAGUUGAGUCGCCAGUGAAGAGUCUCUGUCACCCAGUGUUGUUCUGUUUUUAUAUUUAAAGGAGGACUUGCUAGACUGCGUUGAGAAUCGCGUCCACCAGCUGGAAGACCUUGAAGCAGCUUUUGCUGACCUGUGCGACGAUGACACGGAGGAGAACCUGCAGAGAUGGGCUUCGAGUCCUGGGUGAGGGAGCGAAGAGAGUCGCUUCUCUUUGGGUUGGCAGAUGAAUGGAGAAGGUUAAAUAAGAACUUUUUAAAGCUGCCAGGGCUCCCCCGGUCGCAGAUCAGAGUUAAAAGAUGGGUUGCCAGUCUGAAAAAGGCUCAAAGGGCAGUCUGUCCACAAAACAUGAUAGCUAUCUAGCGGGAUAAGAUGUUAGGACACAACUUACAUAGGCAUUUCUACCCCAUCUUUUCAGCCAGUCCCGCAAGUUGGCUCACACAGUGAGCAAGGCCCGACGCCACUUAACAGGGAGUAAACCCCAUUGAAUUCAAUGGGGCUUACCUCUGAGUAGGCACAAGUUGGCGUUCUGCUGGCAGGUUGGGGGAGAAUGACUGAGAGGCAUUCGUUUCCAGAAUCAGCAUGAACGGAAAGAAGAGUCAAGAGUUUUGGCUGGUCGUUGAGUCUAUUAUAGUGGGCGCUAGCUGGGGGAACUUAUCUUUGGACGUGCACAGUUCCUACAAGAGACACAGAGAGGUGUCCAGGCUGAACGAUGGGGGUGGAGACACUCCUUCAGAUAUACUGGACCGAGGCCGUCUAGGGCUUUAAAGGUCAGCACCAACACUUUGAAUUGUCCUCAGAAACGUACUAGGAGCCAAUGCAGAUCUCUCAGAACCAGUGUUAUGUGGUCCCAGCGGCCACUCCCAGUCACCAGUCUAGCUGCCGCAUUCUGGAUUAAUUGCAGUUUCUGGGUCAUCUUCAAAGGUAGCCCCACGUGGAGCGCGUUGCAGUAGUCCAAGCGGGAGAUAACCAGAGCAUGCACCACUCUGGCGAGACAGUCCGCGGGCAGGUAGGGUCUCGGCCUGCGCACCCGGUGGAGUUGGUAGACAGCUGCCCUGGAUACAGAAUUGACCUGUGCCUCCAUGGACAGCUGUGAGUCCAAAAUGACUCCCAGGCUGCGCACCUGGUCCUUCAGGGGCACAGUUACCCCAUUCAGGACCAGGGAAUCCCCCACACCCACCCGCCCCCUGUCCCCCCAAAACAGUACUUCUGUCUUGUCAGGAUUCAACCUCAAUCUGUUAGCCGCCAUCCAUCCUCCAACCGCCUCCAGGCACUCACACAGAGACUCUUACAUGGGCUUUAAGCUCCCCUUUACUCUUUUGGAAUGGAGUAUCAGGCCUGUCCAACUGGUCAGUUUCGUUCUGCCGGUCAAUCGCAGGCUGUCCAUGGUUGGUCCUGGUGAUCUUGAGCGACGGACACCCCCCCAAAGGGGGGGGGAGGAAGCACAACAACUCUGUUCUCUCCCCCUAAAAAAAGCUCAACAACCUCAACAACUCAACUCUGGUCAAUCCAAUGAGUAGAUCAUUUUAUAGUGGGAGUAGAUUGCAGGCUCUUGGAAGUUGGACACCCCUGCUAUAUAUUGUAACUUAGGCAUUUUAUGACCGGCUUAAACAACUACUUGGCUGAGAUUUAUCGCUUCCAGGAGUGUUCUUAUUGCCUCUUGUGUGCCACCGAUCCCUAAUUCGCUUCCAAGAUAAGGAGCUGUGUUACUCUGCUGGUUCUGGGCUGUUUUAAAGCAACCGCUCAAGCAAACGUGUUGCUGGACCCAGUGAUUUAUGAUCCGGAGAUCAUAAAACCUUCAGCAUGGCGCACCCCACAAAAUCUGCUCCAGAGGGAACCCCAAACCUCCAGAGCUGAUCUUUCAGGUGCACCUCGGGAGGUUGGGCUAGAGAGGGAGAGGAAGCUUCACUGCACGCGAAGAAGGCAGGAGAGCAGGAGACUCUUAAUCUCGGGGUUGUGAGUUUGAGCCCCACGUUGGGCAAAAGAUUCCUGCAUUGCAGGGGGUUGAACCUGGACUUGACAUUCUUGGAGAAUGCAGUGCUUUUUUGGUGUAGUUCACAUAUUCAGCUGCAAGAUGUCAGCGGGCACAGCAUAAUUCUAAACAACAAUUUUACACCCACUUAAAUUACAUUAUUGUGCUUGAGUAAUUUGUGUGUGUGUGCUGUUGCCUGGUUCUUGACACAGAUAUAUGGGUGAAUUCAGCAAUAGUUAUCCAGAUUCUGGGGGUGGAAAUACCCCUGAAAUCUAACAACCUUCAUUUGUAUAAUGGCUCAUUCUUAGUCUCGUUCAUAACAUUUGCAGAAUAUGAUGCAUGUGUGUUUUGUUAUCACAGGAUGAAACUUCUAGUCCAGCUUGUGCAUAGUUUGAAAAAUCGAAUGGAAACGCCCGAUUAUGAAAUGGUAAGUCUGUUUUAUCAAAUUUCAGGGCUGUACUUUGGGCCUAUGGAACCAGAUAGGGGCCCCAACCUGAAAAUCUUAGCUUUUUUGUUAAUAAUAAGAUAUUAUUAUUUUUGUUGUUGUUGUUGUUGUUGUUGUUGUUGUUGUUAUUUAUAUCCCGCCCAUCUGGCUGGGCUCCCCCAGUCACUCUGGGCAGCUUCCAACAAAAUAUUAAAAUACAGUAAUGCAUCAAACAUUAAAAGCUUCCCUAAACAGGGCUGCCUUCAGAUGCCUUCUAAAAGUCUGGUAGUAGUUGUUCUCUUUGACAUCUGGUGGGAGGGCGUUCCACAGGGUAGGUGCCACUACCGAGAAGGCCCUCUGCUUGGUUCCCUGUAACUUGGCUUCUCGCAGUGAGGGAACCGCCAGAAGGCCCUCGGUGCUGGACCUCAGUGUCCAGGCUGAACGAUUGGGGUGGAGAUGCUCCUUCAGAUAUACUGGACUGAGGCCAUUUAGGGCUUUAAAGGUCAGCACCAACACUUUGAACUGUGUUUCAUUCGUUCAUUUAUUGCAUUUUUACCCCACCCUUUUCUCCACAAUGAGCUCUAGGUGGCAUAUACAGUUCUUCUCCUCUUUAUUUAACCCCACACACCAACCCUGCGAGGUAGGUUAAGCUAAGAGGCAGCGACUGGCCCAGUGAGCUUUGUGGCCAAGUGGGGAUUUCACCCCUAAUCUCCCAGAUCCUAGUCCGACACGCUAACCACUAUACCACACUGCCUGGGCAUGCAGCCCCUUUGCCCGAAUUAGCAAACCAAGUCUUCCGUUUGCGUUGGUAUCAGAACUAGUGCCACAGGCCAGCUCAGAGAACUGCGCUGAGCCCCUUUGUGCUAUCCACUUUUCAGGUGCACCAGGCUGGGCUCACGUGCGAUUACUCCGAACUUCCUCACCACGUCAGCACAGAGCACGAAAUUGAGAGUCUGGUGCAGGCUGUCGAACGUCUCUUGAGGAACUUGCCGAAGCCCACGCUUGUGACGAUAGCCCGGUAAGAUACGGUGGGGGUACUGUUUUGGCCCGAAUCCUGUUGACCCUCGCCCACUGGAGUAGUUUGCUAUUAGAAUCUUAGUUUGCUAUUAGUCCUUUCAUACUGCAUCAUGGUGUGGUAUGCUGGUUUGACAUCAUCUGAUAGGAAAUGCCUACAGAGGGUGGUGAAUACAGCACAAGAUAUUAUGGGCUGUCCUGUGGAUCCGCUAGAUGAAAUAGCGGAAGAACGGUGCCUCAAGAGAGUGAGGAAAAUUCUCAAGGAUGAUUCACACCCUGGCCGGCACUUUCUUGAUCUCCUGCCCUCAGGCAGAAGAUAUAGAAGCAGGAUUAGUCGCACCAACAGGGUAAAGAACAGCUUCUAUCCGUGGGCUGUUAGGCUGCUGAAGGAAAAGAUAACAACAGGGCAACUGACUUUCAGGUUUGGUGGGUGUGCAUCAGUAAACGAGGGGAAUUAAGACUAAGAGAGCCGAGUGGGGGGUGCUUGUGUAAUCUCACUGUAUACAAGUUGUACAAGGGACAAUAAAGUAUUUCAAUUCAAUUUCAGAGAAUGAGUUGUGUCAGGUCCCAUAAUUGUCAAGCUUCAGGGAAUCUGAUCCCUCCCACGGUAGCAGCCAAGAAGCAGAGAAACAAUAAAAGUCCCUACCACAUAAUUUGUUAGCAUUCACAGAGAGAGACGAAGGAAGGUCGACUUCCCUGAAUAAUGGUGGUUGCUCUGAGUAAAGCCCCUCCAUAACUUCUCUUCUUUGUCAUCCCUGCAUCGGCUAAGCUGAGUUUUCUGCCUCUGAGCUUUCUGCUCUAUCACCUUCAACGCCUGCCUGGUUCUGGGAGAGGGGGUCAGGAAUGCUUUCCAAAGACACUGAGUCUUUUCAACUGUCUCUCCCCUGCUGCUGCUUGCUGCCUCUCUCCCAAUAUUUCCCAGCUUCUCCCCUCUGCCGCCUCUGAACUAUGUCCUUCUGCAAACCACUCUUCUAAAUCUAUACAGUGGUACCUCGGGUUACAUAAGCUUCAGGUUAGAGACUCAGUUAACCCAGAAAUAGUACCUCGGGUUAAGAACUUUGCUUCCGGAUGAGAACUGAAAUUGUGCUCCGGCGGCGCAGCGGCAGCAGGAGGCCCCAUUAGCUAAAGUGGUGCUUCAGGUUAAGAACAGUUUCAGGUUAAGAACGGACCUCUGGAACAAAUUAAGUACUUAACCUGAGGUACCACUGUACUGUCCUCCUCAGGAGGGUUUGGGAGAAGGGGGGCAGUCCUCACCAUUCCUCCUCAGUCCAGCCCCUAAUAAUAAUAAUAAUAAUAAUAAUAAUUUAUUUAUAGCCCGCCCUCCCCAGCCAAAGCCGGGCUCAGAGCGGCUAACAACAGUAAAAAUAGCACAGUUUACAUAAAAUCACAAUCAAUUAAUUGAAAUACAUUCUAAAAUCAAUUCAGAAUCAAAUCAAUUCAGAAUCAAAUUAAUGGCAACCAUUGGGCUAGAGUUCUAUGAGGAUCACAGAAGGAGGGGGGUCAGACUGUGCCUUGGCCAAAGGCCUGGUGGAACAGCUCUGUCUUGCAGGCCCUGCCGAAAGAUGUCAAGCCCCGCAGGGCCCUAUUCUUUUGUAAUGAUCAUUGGUUCCCAAAUGUGCAUUCUUACUGCAUGUGUGCCCAGAAGUAUGGGCCACAGAAUUCACUGGGGUGCACGCCCAGAAAACCAUGUGUUGGGGUUAUGGUCCAAGUCACCUUGGGGAGCAAGGAACGUUAGUGCGAGCGUUGAAAUUCUGACUUGGAAAAGAGACCGAUGAGAAUGGGAUAAUUAAACGACAACAUUGUGCCAUGCAAUCCCUCCUUUUUUAUUGCAGAUCUAGCUUAGAUGACUACUGCCCCGCAGAACAAGUUCAGCUCAUCCAAGAAAAGGUCUUGAAUGUUCUGCGCCUGGCAUAUGGCAACCUGGAAGUUCAUUUAGAGUACUUGGAAAAUCCCUGUCCCGCUGGAACAGCAUGAUCAGUUGAAGCAAAAACAACCGAAAUAGUUUCUCUCUCUGCGCCAUGGGAUCCGGUUGGAAGCAGACAAAGGAUUGCUUGUGAGAUUGGGUUGCACUUGUGAUAAUCUCCAUGCAGAUCAUUUUAUUUUGGUGUGUUUUUUUCUCAACACAAUUUUCUGCUGCUAUGGAUCCUCGCGUUGAUGCCUUUUGGGUUUGCCUAGAAGAAAAAUGACUGGGAAAUUGCUCUUCCUAUACAGUAUUCCUGUAGGAGUCUCUCUGGACUGAGCCAGCCUAGCGUUUGAGGAAGAGAUUUUGCUUUAACAUACUUGAAUUCAUUUCCCCAGUCAGUUGUAACCGAAAAUACUCCUUCAAGAUAAAUUGCCAUUUGUUUGGAAGUGGUGACCAUCCUGGCUGUGUGCCUCUGUUCCCGUUAGAAUAACUUAACAUAGUUUCAUAUUUCUGUCCCAUGCUUUUUCAAAGGAUCUUGGCCUGGCCUUCAUGAAGAGGUCCUGUUUUACUCUGCGAACAACAGCCCUGUGCUGUAGGUUAGGCUGAAAUAAUAUAUUGUCAGAGGACACCCAGUUGAACAGGAUUUAAAUCCAAAUGUCUUAAGUGUAAUAUCCCAUCCUCUUUGCCACACUGGUUCACAUCUGACACAUUCAAGUUUUUUGGCAUCUAUGUUUUCUGGAACCCUAAGCAUUCAUGCUAGGGACAUGGAUGGAGCUGUGGGUUAAAGCACAGAGCCUGGGACUUGCCGAUCACAAGGUCGGCGGUUCGAAUCCCCGCGACGGGGUGAGCUCCCGUUGCUCGGUCCCAGCUCCUGCCAACCUAGCAGUUUGAAAGCACGUCAAAGUGCAAGUAGAUAAAUAGGUACCACUCCAGCGGGAAGGUUAACGGCGUUUCCGUGCGCUGCUCUGGUUCGCCAGAAGCGGCUUAGUCAUGCUGGCCACAUGACCCGGAAGCUGUACGCCGGCUCCCUCGGCCUAUAGAGUGAGAUGAGCGCACAACCCCAGAGUCGGCCACAACUGGACCUAAUGGUCAGGAGUCCCUUUACCUUUACCUAAGCAUUCAUGCUAGGAGGCAAGGCUUUGUUCCUAAAUAUUUUGAGGGCAGGUUGCAAAGUGUGGCAGUAAACUGCUAUUAUUUGUGGCGAAGACGUAUGGUUCUAUUUUAGAAGUGUAAAAGAUGCCAACGGGUAAGUGCCUCUUAUUUACAUUAUAGAAUAUUUUUAAAAAAGAAGUUGCUACUCCUGUGUCAUUAAUUUAUUUGUUUGCCGCAUUUAUAGGCAGGCUGCCCAGUAAUAUUCUCUGGAUGGCUUACAGUAUCAACAAAAAGUUACAACUACAAAAAAGAACCCAAUAAUAACACUGAAGUUUUAAUUUUUUUUAAACGGGUAAAUAAAAAGCCAAGCUGCUGCUCUCUCAGUCUAACAGGCAGAUAAGGCUCGUUGGCAUCUUUCCUUGACGUCAAAACGACUCCAGAUUAAGCGCCAGGCGAAGUUCCUCGCUUCUGCAACUGCUCGAUUAUAUUUCUUGGAGAGAGUGAUUCUCUCCCGAACAUUCGAUAAUAAUAAUAAUUUAUUAUUUAUAUCCCGCCCAUCUGGCUGGGUUUCCCCAGGCACUCUGGGCGGCUUCCAGCAAAAGAUUAAACAUACAUGAAAAUUUAAAAAAUACAUGAAAAAUACAUCAUCCUCUUCUAGGAACUUUGGGUCCAAAGAUUCUCCAAUUGUCAGAGACAGAGCAGGUGCAUUAAGCUGGAUGUUUGGCGUUUAUCAUGAAGCUUGGAAGAACUCGGAUGCUUUGGCAUCUGUAAUCAAGGUGAAGCUAUGGAUACGUAAUCUUCUCAAAAGAACCUCUGAUCAUCUCUGCAGUGUUUGGGUUGGGUCAUAAGGGGAGAGGUGUUCCUUGAGGUUUUGCGGUCCUGAGCCAGAUUGGCUCUGGUUCUCCGUGGUUUCAAAUGGGAAUCUUUCCCAGCCUUGGCUGGAGGCUGAAUUUGAGGAUUUCUCGUGGAAGUCACAUACUGUACCUCUGAACCCUUCCUUUGCAUGCAAGUCUGGAGACAUCAGGGACUUGCCCACAAAAUAAUAGUUGCCGUAAUACUUGUUUCAGGAGAUCAGUCGGUCCUGAGGUCACUUUCCCCCUAUGUUAAAAAGAAGAGAAAAUCAGGCGCAAGUAUUAUUCGCCUACGGCGCUGAGGCUACUCCCUCUUCCUGCUUAGUUGGAAACAGGAGGGAAAAUUCUUCUUUUAAAAAACAAACAAAAUGCAAUGGUCCUCGAGCAUUAUAAUUUCAGAAUGAUGGAAUUGCAAUUCUUUAUCAGUUCAGCAGGUGGGGUGCUUUACACAGGUUAUCGAUUUGCGCCAUCUCUUGGGGAGCAAUGAGGUGCUUUGAGAAAGCACUAUUAUAACUGCCUUAUGUUCUGAUUUAAAAGAGAUUUGUAAGAACUACGCUGCGAAUGAAAGGAGCAGUCGUCUCCCUCCAUUUAGAACACACAAGCUGCGCAAGGAGAACAUGGCCCACCACACUUGUACAUUGCAGACUGUUGAUUGCUUGCUAAAUAUACUUGCCUUCUUUUCUUCUGGGGAGGUGGGGAAAAAACAGGUUGUAUUGGCAGGCACUUGGGUGAGAGGGUGCAUCUGUUUUACUUGGAGAUCCAACUUUUAGAAUGUUGGCAAAUGACAUGUUCACUUUUGCAUUGAAGCUAUUUGUUGGUUAAAAACUUGGGAAACGAAUAAAAAUUAUUUGGCAUCCAUUUACCGGGAUUUCAAAGGCGGAAUUGACAUCCGGGGGGAAUCUCCAAAAGGUGGUGCUUUUUUGUCCUGGAUCUUAGCCAAAUCAAUUGCAAAAUUGUGGAUUUUUUGGUGGUUUUUUGAAAUAUGGCAACCCUAGAAGUACAUAUUUCUUGCAGAAUCUCUGGGAGUGAUUGCUUAACAUCUUAUUUUUGCAGCCACAGUUUGCAAUGUAUAUCAAAAGUAAAGAGGAAAUGGACUUUAGCUGCAGCAUUUCCCACAUGCAUUGAUUAAAACGUUAAUAGACUACCUUUCAGCCCCAUAUAAAGGGCCUCUCAGAUUGUCAGCAACGGUAAAUCUCUGUGAUUUUUAAAAUAGCUAGACUGUUAAGCCCAGCGAUUCGCUAUAGCCCUUGUCAGGCAUUCAGUAUCCACAAAUAAUGAACAAAAAUUGUUUGAAGAAGAUGCUGGCUGCUGGCACCCUGCCAUACCUUCAGACGGAAAAGCUAUUUUCUCGCCUUUGGAUGGAUGUGUAGAAUCUGGGGGUUUCCAGAAUUGGAAAAGGGGAAAUUGUUCCAACCACAGAACUAAGACAGUGGCCUAGUUUGCACUUUGCUCAUGGCUUACUAGUCAUCUAAACCUAGGCUUAUCGUUUGCUUUGCUCCAGGCCAACCAAGAGCCGUAAACCCCCAAAGCGUAAAGGCUGCCCUUGUGGGGAAACUCCGUGUAGCUGGCAAAACUUGCAGGUCCCAUUUGCAGGAAACAAAUUUUACCUGCAUGAGGUUUCUUUCUGGCCAAUUAUUUUUGAUUUCCCAUCAUUUCUAACAAAUGGUCACGAAAUUAAUACAAAUUCAAAUACAAAUGGAAAAGCUGACUUCCCACCCCAGAUGCCCCCUCUAUUUUCCUCCCUCCUUUUGUUGUUGUUGUUUAGUCGUGUCCGACUCUUGGUGACCUCAUGGACCAGAGCACGCCAGGCACUCCUGUCUUCCACUGCCUCCUGCAGUUUGGUCAAACUGGUAGCUUCGAGACUGGUAGCUUCGAGAACACUGUCCAACCAUCUCGUCCUCUGUUGUCCUCUUCUCCUUGUGCCCUCCAUCUUUCCCAACAUCCGGGUCUUUUCUAGGGAGUCUUCUCUUCUCAUGAGGUGGCCAAAGCAUUGGAGCCUCAGCUUCAGGAUCUGUCCUUCCAGUGAGCACUCAGGGCUGAUUUCCUUCAGAAUGGAUAGGUUUGAUCUUGGGACUCUCAAGAUCUAGGUUUGAUCCAUAGGUUUGAUCCAUGGGACUCUCAAGAGUCUCCUCCAGCACCAUAAUUCAAAAGCAUCAAUUCUUCAACGAUCAGCCUUCUUUAUGGUCCAGCUCUCACUAAAGUAGCUUUUUCCAACCAUCAUUUCUAAAUACAUUCAUCCCUUCUCCCUAACAUCCCCUGUUCAGUUGCCAAUUUCUGCUAAGAGGAUUCUGUUGUGCAAACCUUUUGUUGUUUGGGCUGUUGGAGUGGAAGGCACCUAGAGUUGCACCGUAGCAUGAUGUGCAUAAAUCAGCAUAUUUACAGCCCAGAGAGAAGCAUAACCACCUUUUUAUUCAUCACGCCAAGCUGUGGUUAAAGUAAGGGUGGGGAACCUCUGACAUUACAGAUGCUAUUCAGCUACAACUCCCAUCAUCAUUGGCCAUACUAGUGAUAAGUGAAAGGCUGAUUGACAAGUCGGUAACCAUAACAUUAAACCAGCUUGCUCAGGUUUUACAUGUUGCACUUAUUCCAAAGAAUGAAAGAUAAGUGCCAUAUAUCUUUGCUGAAAAUAAACCACAUGUCAACAUUAGCGGGAACAUGCCUCAUUUAAUUCAGUCAACUUUUCCACCUUCUGUUGAGUUCAUGGUUAGGUUUGUAGUGGUUGUUUUCUUGCUUAUUCAGUGAUGGAUUAUGAAACAACAAACAACAAGAGUUUAAUAAAAUUUGGGCUUUGUGUUCAGUGGAC